UCGCGGCGGCGGCGGCGGCGGCCGAGUCCGUGGCUUUGGGUCGCGCCCCGCGGCCCGUCCCCCCUUGGCCGCCACCCCGUGGACCCCCGCCUUCCUCCCUCUUGCAUCUCUCUCGCACUGGGGCGGCCCAGUCCGCGCUCGCGCGUCGGUUUGCGGGUGUGCGCAGGCGCGGCGGGGGCGAUUAGCCCAGUUGGGUGGGCGGUGGAGCCGGAGAGCGCGCGGGCGAGACCAUGGCGGGCGGCGGUGCGGGGGGCGGUGGUGUCGGGGAGACGAAGGUGAUUUACCACCUGGAUGAAGAAGAGACUCCCUACCUGGUGAAGAUCCCCGUCCCAGCCGAGCGCAUCACCCUCGGCGAUUUCAAGAGCGUCCUGCAGCGGCCCGCGGGCGCGAAGUACUUUUUCAAGUCUAUGGAUCAGGAUUUCGGGGUGGUGAAGGAAGAAAUUUCAGAUGACAAUGCCCGCCUUCCCUGCUUCAACGGAAGGGUAGUCUCCUGGCUUGUGUCAUCCGAUAACCCUCAACCCGAGAUAGCUCCCCCACCCCAGGAGCCUCGGGCAGAACUGGUGCCUCCAACCCCACCAUUACCCCCUUUACCACCGGAGAGGACCAGUGGCAUUGGGGACUCCAGACCUCCAUCCUUCCACCCUAAUGUGUCCAGCAGCCGGGAAAAUCUGGAGCCUGAGACCGAAACAGAGUCGGUAGUGUCUCUGAGGCGGGAGCGGCCUCGCAGGAGAGACAGCAGUGAGCAUGGCGCUGGGGGCCACCGGCCCAGUGGCCCCUCGAGGCUGGAGCGCCACUUGGCUGGGUACGAGAGUUCCUCUACCCUCAUGACCAGCGAGCUGGAGAGCACCAGCCUGGGGGACUCGGACGAGGACGACACCACGAUGCUCCCGUCCCGGCCUCCCGACAGGUUCAGCAGCUCCACGGAGCAGAGCAGCGCCUCUCGCCUCCUCAAGCGCCACCGGCGGCGGAGGAAACAGCGGCCGCCGCGCCUGGAGAGGACCUCAUCCUUCAGCAGCGUCACCGAUUCCACCAUGUCUCUCAACAUCAUCACAGUCACACUUAACAUGGAGAAGUACAACUUCCUGGGCAUCUCCAUUGUGGGCCAAAGCAAUGAGCGGGGAGACGGGGGCAUCUACAUCGGCUCCAUCAUGAAGGGGGGGGCCGUGGCAGCUGACGGGCGCAUCGAGCCAGGGGACAUGCUUUUGCAGGUGAAUGACAUGAACUUUGAGAACAUGAGCAACGAUGAUGCGGUACGAGUGCUGAGAGACAUUGUGCAUAAGCCAGGCCCCAUCGUGCUGACUGUGGCCAAGUGCUGGGAUCCCUCUCCCCAGGCCUAUUUCACUCUCCCCCGAAAUGAGCCCAUCCAGCCAAUUGACCCUGCCGCCUGGGUCUCACACUCGGCUGCACUGACCGGCACCUUCCCAGCCUAUCCAGGCUCCUCGUCCAUGAGCACCAUUACGUCUGGGUCCUCUUUGCCUGAUGGCUGUGAGGGCCGAGGUCUCUCCAUCCACACAGACAUGGCAUCUGUGACCAAAGCCAUGGCAUCUCCAGAGUCUGGCCUGGAAGUUCGGGACCGCAUGUGGCUCAAGAUCACCAUCCCUAAUGCCUUUCUGGGUUCGGAUGUGGUCGACUGGCUCUACCAUCACGUGGAGGGCUUUCCGGAGCGGCGGGAGGCCCGGAAGUACGCCAGCGGACUGCUCAAGGCUGGCCUUAUCCGGCACACCGUCAACAAGAUCACCUUCUCCGAGCAGUGCUAUUAUGUCUUCGGAGACCUCAGUGGCGGCUGUGAGGGUUACCUAGUCAACCUGUCUCUGAAUGAUAAUGACGGCUCCAGUGGGGCUUCGGACCAGGACACCUUGGCUCCUCUGCCUGGGGCCACCCCUUGGCCCCUGCUGCACACCUUCCCCUACCAGUACCCAGCCCCACACCCAUACAGCCCCCAGCCCCCACCCUACCAUGAGCUCUCAUCCUACACUUACGGUGGGGGCAGUGCCAGCAGCCAGCACAGUGAAGGGAGCCGGAGCAGUGGGUCCACACGAAGCGACGGGGGUGCAGGGCGCACAGGGAGGCCUGAGGAGCGGGCCCCCGAGUCCAAGUCUGGCAGUGGCAGUGAGUCAGAGCCCUCCAGCCGGGGGGGCAGCCUUCGGCGGGGUGGGGAACCUGGUGGGACUGGUGAUGGGGGCCCUCCCCCUUCCAGGAGCUCAUCAGGAGGUGCUCCCAAUCUCCGAACCCACCCAGGGCUUCAUCCCUAUGGACCACCCCCUGGUAUGGCCCUUCCCUAUAAUCCCAUGAUGGUGGUCAUGAUGCCCCCACCUCCCCCACCUGUCCCUCCAGCAGUGCAGCCCCCGGGGGCCCCUCCAGUCAGAGACCUAGGCUCAGUGCCCCCAGAGCUGACAGCCAGCCGCCAAAGCUUCCACAUGGCCAUGGGCAACCCCAGUGAGUUCUUUGUGGAUGUCAUGUAGAGCCAACAGUGCGCCAUGUCGGAGCUCCCCCCCUGGCCCGUCUGGUCAGUGCCUGGUGCUCCUGUCCUGCGAUUGGGUGUCUUGUCAGGCGUGCUCAUUACUCCUCUGUGGUGCCUGGGUGCCUGGGCUCAGCCCGUCCUGUGGCUGCUGCCUCCUGUGAGGCGACCACUGUGCCUCUUACCAGCAGUGCCUGGUUCCUUCCCCUUCCCUCAGGGGCGUACAAGGGACCUUUGGUUAUUUUUAGUAUUGUUUUUUUGUAAGCUUUUUGGGGGGUUAAAAUAAUUUUUCUACAUAUUUUAGACUAUUUUUUUAGUAGGUAUUUCCUCUUUUUUAUGAAGAACCCCUAUCUCCCGGGCCCCUUAUUUUAACCCCAAAAAUGUGACCUCAUUCACCCAGUCAGCUCUGUCCUGCUAUGGUGGGAUGAAGCGGGCGGGGGGGGUG